AUGAAUAUAAAUGAUGGAGGAAGACGACGCUUUGAGGAUAAUGAACAUACAUUACAUAUAUAUCCUGGGACAAUUUCAGAAGGGACUAUCUACUGUCCAAUUCCUGCCAGAAAAAACUCCACAGCUGCUGAGGUGAUUGACGCUCUUAUAAACAGACUUCAUCUUGACAAAACGAAAUGUUAUGUUCUUGCAGAAGUAAAGGAAUUUGGUGGAGAAGAAUGGAUACUCAAUCCAACAGACUGUCCAGUUCAGCGAAUGAUGUUGUGGCCCCGGAUGGCUCUGGAAAAUCGCCUGAGUGGAGAGGACUAUCGCUUUCUUCUGAGAGAAAAAAACCUUGAUGGAUCAAUCCAUUAUGGUAGUCUGCAGUCAUGGCUACGGGUAACAGAAGAACGCCGAAGGAUGAUGGAACGAGGUUUUCUUCCACAGCCUCAACAGAAAGACUUUGAUGAUUUAUGUAGCUUACCUGAUUUGAAUGAGAAAACGCUUUUAGAAAACCUACGAAAUCGCUUUAAGCAUGAAAAAAUUUAUACCUAUGUUGGCAGUAUUCUAAUAGUUAUUAACCCAUUCAAGUUUCUUCCUAUUUAUAAUCCCAAAUAUGUCAAAAUGUAUGAUAACCACCAGUUGGGAAAACUGGAGCCCCACAUUUAUGCUGUGGCUGAUGUAGCUUAUCAUGCCAUGCUUCAGCGCAAAAAGAAUCAGUGCAUCGUGAUUUCAGGAGAGAGUGGUUCUGGGAAGACUCAAAGCACAAACUUUCUUAUUCACCACCUUACUGCUCUCAGUCAGAAGGGAUUUGCCAGUGGAGUGGAACAAAUUAUUCUUGGAGCUGGACCAGUACUUGAGGCCUUUGGAAAUGCAAAGACAGCUCAUAAUAACAAUUCAAGUCGUUUUGGCAAAUUUAUUCAAGUAAAUUACCAAGAAACUGGCACUGUACUUGGGGCCUAUGUUGAAAAAUAUCUACUGGAGAAGUCCAGACUCGUUUAUCAAGAGCAUAAUGAACGGAACUAUCAUGUAUUUUACUACCUCCUGGCAGGAGCAAGUGAAGAAGAAAGAUUAGCAUUCCAUCUUAAACAACCGGAAGAAUAUCAUUAUCUCAAUCAGAUAACAAAGAAACCUCUCAGACAGAGCUGGGAUGAUUAUUGCUAUGACUCUGAGCCGGAUUGCUUCUCGGUGGAGGGGGAAGAUUUGAGGCAUGACUUUGAACGCUUACAACUGGCCAUGGAAAUGGUAGGAUUUCUUCCCAAGACACGAAGACAGAUUUUCUCUCUUCUCUCAGCGAUACUACAUUUGGGUAAUAUCUGUUAUAAAAAGAAGACAUAUCGGGAUGACUCCAUAGAUAUCUGUAAUCCUGAAGUUCUGCCUAUUGUCUCAGAAUUAUUAGAAGUUAAAGAAGAAAUGCUAUUUGAAGCGUUAGUUACAAGGAAGACUGUGACAGUGGGAGAAAAGCUUAUUUUGCCAUACAAGCUGGCAGAGGCUGUGACAGUGAGGAACUCCAUGGCUAAGUCUUUAUAUAGUGCCCUGUUUGACUGGAUAGUUUUUCGGAUUAAUCAUGCACUUCUGAAUAGUAAAGAUUUGGAGCAAAAUACAAAGACUUUGUCCAUUGGUGUUCUUGAUAUUUUUGGGUUUGAAGAUUAUGAAAAUAACAGCUUUGAACAGUUCUGUAUUAAUUUUGCUAAUGAACGUUUACAGCACUACUUCAAUCAGCAUAUUUUUAAAUUGGAGCAAGAGGAGUAUAGAACUGAAGGUAUCAGCUGGCACAAUAUAGAUUAUAUUGAUAAUACCUGUUGCAUAAAUCUUAUUAGCAAGAAACCAACAGGUCUGCUCCAUCUUUUGGAUGAAGAAAGCAACUUUCCACAGGCUACAAAUCAAACAUUGCUAGAUAAAUUUAAGCAUCAACAUGAAGAGAAUUCUUACAUUGAAUUUCCAGCCGUGAUGGAGCCUGCUUUCAUCAUAAAGCAUUAUGCUGGGAAAGUAAAAUAUGGGGUAAAGGAUUUCCGGGAAAAAAAUACAGAUCACAUGCGCCCUGACAUUGUAGCUCUUCUAAGAAGUAGCAAGAAUGCAUUUAUCUCUGGGAUGAUUGGAAUUGAUCCCGUAGCUGUUUUCCGAUGGGCAGUUCUCAGAGCUUUUUUCAGAGCCAUGGUUGCUUUCAGGGAAGCUGGGAAAAGACACAUUCAGAGAAAAACUGGACAUGAUGAUACAGCGCCAUGUGCAAUUUUGAAAAGUAUGGAUAGUUUUAGCUUUCUCCAACACCCAGUCCACCAGAGGAGCUUAGAGAUUCUGCAGAGGUGCAAGGAAGAGAAGUACAGUAUAACCCGGAAAAAUCCCAGAACACCUCUUUCUGAUCUCCAGGGCAUGAAUACUCUAAAUGAAAAAAACCAACAAGAUACAUUUGAUAUUGCAUGGAAUGGCAGAACUGGGAUUCGUCAGAGCAGACUAUCAAGUAGCACCUCUUUGCUUGAUAAAGACGGGAUAUUUGCUAAUUCAGCUAGCAGCAAACUCUUGGAGAGAGCCCAUGGAAUUCUCAUGAGAAACAAAAAUUUCAAGUCCAAGCCUGGCCUUCCAAAGCACUUGCUGGACGUAAAUUCUUUAAAGCAUCUGACAAGACUGACGCUACAGGAUCGCAUCACCAAGUCUCUUCUUCAUUUGCACAAGAAGAAAAAACCUCCCAGCAUCAGUGCCCAGUUUCAGGCCUCGUUAAGCAAGCUGAUGGAGACUCUUGAUCAAGCAGAACCCUAUUUUGUAAAAUGCAUUCGUUCUAAUGCUGAAAAGCUGCCGUUAAGAUUCAAUGAUGCCUUGGUACUUCGACAGCUUCGGUACACUGGGAUGCUGGAGACAGUUCGAAUUCGCCAAUCUGGAUACAGCUGCAAAUAUUCUUUCCAGGAUUUUGUGAGCCACUUCCACGUACUUCUUCCCCGAAAUAUUAUUCCAUCCAAAUUUAACAUUCAAGAUUUCUUCAGGAAAAUAAAUCUUAAUUCAGAUAAUUAUCAAGUUGGAAAAUCCAUGGUGUUCCUAAAGGAGCAGGAACGACAGCACCUACAAGAUCUGCUUCACCAAGAGGUGCUCCGCAGAAUCAUAUUGUUGCAGCGUUGGUUCAGGGUUCUUCUGUGUAGGCAGCAUUUCCUCCAUCUGAGACAGGCAUCCAUCAUUAUCCAGCGAUUCUGGAGGAAUUACCUAAAUCAGAAGCAAGUCAGAAAUGUAGCUGUGCAGAAGGAUGCUUUAGUUGUGGCUAGUGCGGCCACUCUUCUCCAGGCUUCCUGGCGUGCUCACUUGGAGAGGCAGCGGUAUUUGGAGCUCCGGACUGCAACCGUCAUCAUCCAGCAGAGAUGGAAGGAACAUUAUAGGCGGAGACAUAUGGCUGCUGUCUACAUUCAGGCAAGAUGGAAAGGCUACAGGGAAAGUAAGAGAUAUCAAGAACAAAGGAACAAAAUCAUCCUUUUGCAAUCAAUAUGUAGAGGAUUCAGAGCAAGACAAAGAUUUAAAGUUUUAAAAGAACAAAGACUGAAAGAAACAAAACUAGAACUUGGAUUGGCAAAUACUGAGCCAUCUGGAGCUCUGCAAAUUCAGGGUUCAGACCCUUCAGAGUGGGAGGAUUGUUCCUUUGACAACAGAGUAAAAGCUAUAGAGGAAUGUAAAUCGGUGAUAGAGAGUAAUCGAAUUAGCCAGGAAAUUUCAAUGGACCGCUUGAAAGAGUCCCCAAACAAGCGACAGGAGAGAGCCAGAAGCCAAAGUGGUGUAGACUUGCAGGAAGAAGUGAUUGUAAGAGAGAGACCUAAGUCCUUGGAGGAUCUCCACCAAAAAAAAGUAGGUCGGGCCAAAAGAGAAAGUCGGAGAAUGAGAGAACUAGAGCAAGCUAUAUUUAGUUUAGAAUUGUUGAAAGUUCGUUCUCUUGGUGGCGUGUCUCCUUCAGAGGAACGUAGAUGGUCUACAGAACUGAUGCCUGAAGGCCUUCAGUCUCUACAGGGUACACCUGACAGUGAAAGCUCUCAAGGAAGCUUAGAACUUCUGAGUUGUGAGGAAAGCCAGAAGAGCAAACUGGAGUCCAUAAUUUUAGAUGAAGGAGACUUACAGUUUCAAUCACCUAAAAUAUCUAGCAGUCCAAAAUUUGAUUCACAGAACAAUGCCCUCAGUGCCUCAAGUGAGACUAACUAUACAUUGAUUGAAAAAGGGGCAUCCUCUGACUCAGUGUAUUUGAAGAAUGGGACUAUGAAGGAAAAACUGGUUUGCAGUUCUGAAUCUAUUACCUGUAAGCCACAGCUGAGAGACCCCUAUAUUUCAAAUAGUUUGCCUACAUUUUUUUAUAUUCCUCAACAAGACCCACUGAAAACAAGUUCCCAACUAGAUACAAGUAUCCAGAGAAACAAGCUAUUAGAAAGUGAAGAAGCACUUUCAGCUCUCACUUUGGAUAUCAACAGGGAAGCCAGAAAGUACCACUUCCCAGGAGAAAAUCAAGUUUUUACAUCUUUGAAUACAGACUCUUCUAAUACUGUGCUGAAGAAGUUAGAAAAGCUAAACAUUGAGAAGGAAGAAAGGCAAAAGCAGUUGCAGCAACAGAAUGAAAAAGAGAUGAUGGAACAGAUACGUCAGCAAACAGAUAUUUUAGAGAAGGAGCGUAAAGCCUUCAAGACAAUUGAAAAGCCAAGAACUGGGGAGUCCUUCCUGGCACCAUCUUUCCAUCCAUCAGAGCAAAGAGUAGAGAGGCCAUCCUCUCUCCUCAUUCUGAAUACCCCAAAUAAGGAAGAACCGAAUGUAGUAGGGCCUCCAUCAGUAACUGUAAAAGAUGCAGCUCUUCUUCCAAAAGACAGUCCUUCUGCUCACCUACCCCAGAAGGACCGACCUGUCACCUUGUUCUUUGAAAGGAAAGGAGGCCCAUGCCAAUUUGCUACUACCAAGGAAUUAUCCAAGACAGACAGAAUGUGCACCCAACUGAAUGUAGCCUCUAAAGUUUCUAAUAAUCGUAUUUCAAAAAGAGAACACCAUAGACCAGCUCAGUCUUAUAGCCACAAAUCUGAUGACCCUUCCAGAGAUGGAACUACUAGGGUUAUUUUCUUUAUGCCAAAGGACAAUAUGAGUAUUUCCCUUGUCAACAAGGAAGCCUUAAACAGUGGAAAUCCUCAACUCCGUAAACAAGGUGAACCAACUUGGAAACCUGUGCAGUUAACUGGGCCGGGCCAAGGAGAGACAUCACAGCGAUUUUCUUCAGUUGAUGAAGAAACAAAGCUUCAUAAGACUAUGUCUCAAGGAGAGAUUACAAAAUUGGCAGUGAGGCAGAAGGCUUCAGAUUCGGACAUAAGACCUCAGAGAGCUAAGAUGAGAUUCUGGGCCAAAGGGAAACAAGGGGAGAAGAAGACUACCCGAGUGAAAGCUGCCACCCAGUCAGAGGUUUCGGGAUUCUUUGCUGGCUCUGAUAUGAUUCCAGCUCAUCAGUUUCCAGAUGAAUUAGUUCAGUAUCACCCGACACCUCCUUUGAGCCCAGAAUUGCCUGGUAGUUGCCGGAAGGAGUUUAAAGAGAACAAAGAACCUUCUCCAAAGGCGAAGCGGAAGCGAAGUGUGAAGAUCAGCAAUGUGGCUUUGGAGUCUAUGCACUGGCAAAAUGACUCUGUCCAGAUCAUAGCAAGUGUCAGUGAUUUAAAAAGUAUGGAUGAAUUUCUUCUGAAAAAGAUGAAUGACCUAGAUAAUGACGACAGCAAGAAAGACACAUUAGUGGAUGUUGUAUUUAAAAAAGCCCUGAAAGAAUUUCGGCAGAAUAUCUUCAGCUUUUAUUCAUCUGCCUUAGCGAUAGAUGAUGGGAAAAGCAUACGGUAUAAAGACCUCUACGCACUAUUUGAACAGAUUCUGGAAAAGACCAUGAGGCUUGAGCAGCGUGAUUGGAGUGAAUCUCCAGUCAGAGUUUGGGUCAACACUUUUAAAGUGUUUUUAGAUGAAUAUAUGAAUGAAUUCAAGACUUUGGAUUAUAUACCCACAAAGGUACCAAAAACAGAAAGAAAGAAAAGAAGAAAAAAAGAAACUGAUUUAGUGGAAGAGCACAAUGGUCACAUCUUUAAGGCUACCCAGUAUAGCAUCCCUACAUACUGUGAGUACUGUUCUUCUUUGAUAUGGAUAAUGGACCGAGCCUCUGUUUGCAAAUUAUGCAAAUAUGCUUGCCAUAAGAAAUGCUGUCUGAAAACCACAGCCAAGUGCUCUAAAAAGUAUGAUCCAGAGCUGUCAUCUCGACAAUUUGGGGUUGAAUUGUCCCGUUUGACCAGUGAAGAACGAACUGUUCCUUUAGUGGUGGAAAAGCUCAUAAGCUACAUUGAAAUGCAUGGACUGUACACAGAAGGUAUUUACCGAAAGUCUGGUUCAACUAAUAAAAUCAAGGAGCUUCGACAAGGUCUAGAUACAGAUGCUGAGAGUGUAAACCUGGAUGACUAUAACAUACAUGUCAUUGCAAGUGUAUUCAAACAAUGGCUUCGUGAUUUGCCCAAUCCACUCAUGACCUUUGAACUCUAUGAGGAAUUUCUUCGAGCUAUGGGCCUUCAGGAGAGGAAAGAAACAAUCCGUGGUGUAUACUCUGUGAUUGACCAGCUCUCCCGAACUCAUCUCAAUACACUGGAACGCCUCAUCUUUCAUCUAGUCAGGAUUGCUCUACAGGAAGAAACGAAUCGAAUGUCUGCUAAUGCUUUGGCGAUUGUAUUUGCCCCCUGCAUUCUUCGAUGCCCUGACACCAUUGACCCACUACAAAGCGUGCAGGACAUCAGUAAGACUACCACCUGUGUGGAGCUGAUUGUUGUAGAACAGAUGAAUAAAUACAAGGCUCGUCUCAAAGACAUCAGUAGCCUGGAAUUUGCUGAGAAUAAGGCAAAGACCAGGCUGUCACUGAUUCGUAGAUCAAUGGGAAAGGGGCGACUUCGUCGAGGAAACUAUCCAAGUCCAUCCUCUCCUGUUGUAGUUCGGUUGCCCUCCAUGUCUGACGUCCCAGAAGAGACCUUGACUAGUGAAGCAGCUGUGGAGACUGACAUCACGGAACAACAGCAAGCAGCUAUGCAGCAAGAGGAGAGAGUACUGACUGAGCAGAUUGAGAACCUACAGAAAGAGAAGGAGGAGCUAACGUUUGAGAUGCUUGUACUGGAACCCCGUGCUUCUGAUGAUGAAACGCUUGAGUCUGAGGCCUCCAUUGGGACUGCUGAUAGCUCAGAAAAUUUGAAUAUUGAGUCUGAAGGUGCCAUCUCUGAGAAAUCAGAGAGAAGCUUAGCCCUGAGCUCCCUGAAGGCGGCUGGCAAACCUGAACCUUCAAGCAAGCGACGAAAGCAGCUAAAAAAGCAGCAAGACUCUUUGGAUUCGGUGGGCUCUUCAGCCUCUCCUUUAUGUUCGUCUAACACUGCAUCUUCUCAUGGGACCAGAAAACGAUUUCAGAUUUAUUCUAAAUCUCCAUUCUACCGAGCUGCCUCAGCUGGGGAGGCCGUGGGAAUGGAAGGGCCAUUGGGCCAGACCAAAUCCCUGGAAGACAGGCCUCAGUUCAUCAGCAGAGGAACCUUCAACCCUGAAAAGGGCAAACAAAAAUUAAAGAAUGUGAAAAACUCACCUCAGAAAACCAAAGAGACCCCAGAGGGGACAGUUGUGUCUGGCCGCAGGAAAACUGCAGACCCAGACUCCAGCUCCACCCAACAGCUAGCUCUCUUUGGAAACAAUGAGUUUAUGGUCUGAACUGGCAGCUGGGUACCCCUUCAUGGCUACAGAGUGGUAAACACAUCUCAUCUUCAGGGCCUCUUCUCAUCCCCUCGUCCACAGUAGUCCAUCCUAACUGUGGUCCUGCCUCUUGCCCACGCAUACACCCGAGGACUUGGGUGCUAAUGUCCUGGGCCUCCGGCAGAAGCAGAAAGGCUUCUCUGAAGCCUGCUGGGGAUGGUGCCGGCUGUGCCUUGGCUGCUGUGUUUGCCUGGACAGUUCACUACGUGGAGCCGCCUAGGGCCGGCGCAUUUGGGUCAGGUUGGCGGUCUUCCUACUUGCCUCUCCUCCACCCUCUUUUCCUUCCCAGAGGUGGGUGUUGAACUGGCGGGGGGACAUGGUAGGCCUGAGGGAACCACUGAUUUUUGACAUUUGAAGAAAACAUAUAAAUCAUUCUUAACCGUGAAAGCAAAAGCCUUUGGGUUUAUUUUGGGAUAGUUAGGAGCUGGGGUAGAAUAUAAUUUUUUUCCAAGGAUUUGUAAACAAAAAGCCUAAGCCCUCUAUUUUAAGAUCUUUGAGAAAUACUCCAUGUUAUAUCCUGGGGAAAGUAAAAAAGUAAUUGUUUCCAUGAAGCCAUCAGAGCAUGUCUCAGACAUCUGGUUACAUGAUGAAGAAGAAAGUACGUGUUUUGUUUUUUGAUGAUGUUCAGUGUCAUAAUAAUGCUGGUUUCAUUCCUGGUUAGUUCCUGCCAAAUAUAUUGCAUGGGCUGAAGUUUCAGUUGCCCUGCUGUUCUCAUACUUCCUGGUCCUAGGAUUAGGUUCCUCUAAUUUUCUUUUUAAGUCUCAGAGACAUGGUGAUCCCUAAACAUGAGGGUCUCAUCCUAAUCCACCCAGGCUUUCCUCUUUGUAUAGAUUAAACUGAAGAUCGCAUAUGAACCUGUUCAUCUUCCACCACAAACUCAGACAAGUAAUGUGACCAUCUAAUCACUUCUCCCAAAACAUUCAUACACAACACUGCAUGAAUAAGUGUUAACAGAAAGCUGCCAAAAAAAUAAAAAGGUUUUUAAUAUAACCAUCUAACUAUUAUCUUCUUUUCCUCAGACCAUCAGUAUUAAAUAGAUGAAAAAAUAAAUCAAGGACUACUUGAAGCUAUUUUUGUUAAUAUUCUGGUUACUGAAGUUUACUGUAAAUAUAUAUGUAUAGUAUGCAUAUUUCUUUUUAACCUUAUGCUUCCCUCCUCCUCGUGGAAUUUCUUCCCACAGAUUAGGGGCCAUUGGAUAGGGGUGAGAGCCACUGUCCCUGGGUUGAGGGAAAAAUCAGACCAUCUUUUUCACCACUGGGUGUCUCCAUACACCUGAGCUAUAAUAGCAUUUUAAGCUUCUUAGCAUUUGUGGGAUUAGAAUCUGUUUUUGCUAUUUAUAAUAUAUGGAAAAUGAAACAUGAUACUCUUUCUUGAGAUAAGUAUGUGAAAAUGUUUAUUUUUAAAGUCACUAAAUGCAUCUUGUCUAACUACCACGUGCACUGUUCUGAAAAAGAGCCUUUACCAUCUGUAACCCGAAUUUUGGUUAUUCUUUCUUUUCAUACUUCUUCAUUUGAAGUUGUAGAAAUAUUAAGACUUUUGUUAAGGCAGAUUCUCUC